AUGAGCACGCACGCUCCGUUGGCCACCUGCCAGGCCCUCGCGCGGGCGCUCGGCUGGGCCACCUCGCUAGGGGCCAUGGUCGUCAUGGGCUUCAUCGCGAACCGCUGGCCUGACAAGAUUGGUUCCGUCGUCGGCGGGAUGGUCGGGGUCGCAGUCGCCCUUCUCAACGACAGCUGGCAGAUGACCGCCUCCAUUCCCUCCCACGCCCUCGCCUUCCAUCCUCCCUUCCCUGCCUCCCGCGCUCUCCUGCACGACAUGGUCUCCAUGGCCCUCUGCAUGGCCGGGCUCGUCCUCAUCAUAUUCACUGGCACCAGCACCACACCACCCUCCCCUGACAGCGCCGCCUUCACCCUGUGCAGCUUGGUCACCGCCGCCCACUGGUUCCUCGUCGGCGUCAUACUCUGGCGAUUUGUGUUUGCGGUAUGGGGAUGCUACGACUGCGUGCGGCUGGCGACGCCUGAGCGGCAGCGCCUGCGCUACCGCCGACAGAUGGAAGAGGCGCAAAUGUAUGAUGCAUGA